AUGUCGAUGCCAGUGUCACAAUUCCCUGGACUCCCGGUGCUCAACAAUAGCACAGUCGCUGGGCUGACGCUGUACGGCUGGGAGUUUCUGUCCACGCUCAUCGAUGAGAUCCACAUCUACAAGACGCCCAGUUGGCGGUCGCCCCAAGUCAUCCUCUUCGCCCUGAACCGCUGCGUCUCGCUCGCGGCCAUGAUCCUGUCGGCCUACGCCACCUGGAGCACCUCGACGCGCAAACCCUGCCUGCCCUACCUCUGCAUCGCCAUAGGCAUGGUCAUGAUCCCCGCCAUCUCGAUCUUCUCGUGGCGCACCGUGGCCAUCUGGCGCAGGGACCGGCGCAUCAUCCGCGUCAUGGCCACCAUGUCGACCUGCCUCUUCAUCCUCGCAGCCGGCGUCGUCGGAACCGCAGACUACCGCACCCGCCCCGAAGGCGGCUGUGUCAGCACCGUGGCGGUCCGCAUCGAUGCUAGCCUGGUGCUCCUGUCGGGGAUGAUCGUCUACGAACUGGUCGUCGUCGUCCUCAUCACCGCCAAGCUCUGGGAGAACCAUCGCAUGGGCACAAGCGAGGCGAGGGCUGCCUCAUCCCGCUUCCCAACGACACCUCCGCCAACGCUUUCCGAAAGGCGCCGAGCCAAAGGAGCUACAGCUGUCAUGCGUUGGUCACGCGCGGCGAUGCACUGGGUGAGGAUGCAAUCCCAUCUGUCCACCGCGCUCGUCUUUCGACUGGCGACCAACGGCAUGCUCUACUGUACGCUCGUCUUUGCUUGCCUGGCCGUCAGCUUGAUCGACAUCACCCGCGGAGACCCUAGGUAUCCGGCGUUGAUGGUGCCCCUUCUAUCUCCCCUGCUCUGCGUCAUCUGCCAGCGUUUGAUGCUGCUCGAGAUCCGCGGUGUCGGACGACGUCGCCACCGCUGGAGCUGGGAGGGCGAUUCCUCCUACCGUCAAGGGGUUCGUCGAAGCGGAGGCGCAAGCGGAUGGUCAGAUCAGCCACGCGCCGGCGUGGCGGCACUGCGCGGCUCGGACGAAGCCGCAGCCUUCAGCUCCUUUUCCCCCGGGACAAAGGCAGGUGCCAGCAGCCGCUUCUCUUCACCAACCAUCGAGGCCGAGGAGAUCGCCCGUCAGAGGCUGAUGAACCUAUCCCGCGUCUUCGAGGUCGGGUGCAAUCAUCCGCGACCCAGUGCCGCUCGUGUCGGCAUUCCGUCGUCUUCAAGUCGUCCGUCCGACCUCAUGCUGGCCUCCGACUUCAGCAAGGUCCGAGACGAUGUCCGCACUGGAUCGAUCCCGACCCCAAGAUCCCAGACGAGAUUUGAAGUCGUGUGGACGACAAGCACCGAGGACACUGAGACGGUCGAGGAGCGGUCGUGUGCCGCGACGUUGCCAUCGUCCUCGACGCUGAGCCUGCAGCAGGCGCUGACGCUUCCAGUCGAAGGCCGAGCCAGGCUGCAUCGGCACGUCAGCUUCAGCAACCCAGACUUCAGCUCUUCGGGGCAACGCGACGGUGAUGCCGUCCGGCGCACGCCUACGCUAGAUCGCCCAGGUGUGCUUGCAUGCGCGAAGAGAGCCGGUUCCGUCGUGACGAGAGCGCUGGAGCGAGUCCACCGUUCGCGUUCUGGCGCACAGCGGCACGAAGGGGACCAGCUCGAGGAGCUGCAGAUGGUGCGGAUCGAUAGUCGAGAUGAGCUGGCGAUGCGGGACGACCCGGCGCUGCACUGGUCGACGAUCCAGCAGAUCUGCGAGCCAACGCGGAGUCGAGAGCGACGUCCUACGGCCAACGAGCUGGUCUCGUCGAUGAGCCACGAGGCCAGGAUGCUGUCGCUCCGCAUGGCCGGCCUCGACGCCGCGCACCUGGUCUGCGACACCAGCGUCCCGUCCAACCUCUGUCACCCCAGCCGGGAAGCCGACGUCUAG